GGACAUACUAUGGCAGCCAAGAGGGUGCUGGUAUAUCGAAAUGGGGACCCCUUCUUCCCAGGCCACCAGCUGGUGGUGACCUCACGGCGCUACCCCACCAUGGACGCUUUCCUAUAUGAGGUGACGUCAGCCGUGCAGGCCCCACUGGCUGUACGUACCCUCUACACACUGAGCGAUGGCCACCCUGUCACUGACCUGGCUGACCUACAGAACGGAGGGCAGUACGUGGCUGCUGGCUUCGAACGCUUCCACAAGCUCCACUAUCUGCCUCCUGGAAGGAAACAUCCAGGUGGGGAGAACAGGCAGCAACAAGCGCCUCCCAUGUCUCACCGCCCAUGUGAUGGGGCCUUUGGACAGUGGAUGCCAGCACACAGCCCCUGCUACAUCCAUGUGUUCAGGAACGGGGACCUGCUAAGCCCCCCCUUUAGUCUGAAGCUGUCCCAAACUGCCAUCCAGGACUGGGAAACAGUCCUGAAGCUGCUGACUGAGAAGGCCGAGUUACAGAGCGGGCCUGUUCACCAACUCUGCACCCUCGAGGGGCUCCCACUGUCCACAGGGACUGCUCUGGUGAGUGGCCGUUACUAUGUGGCUGUUGGAGAAGAAGAGUUCAAGGCCCUCCCCUAUAUGGAGCUGCUGGUGCCCAGCCCUUCUCUGUGUGGGGGCUGCUGGUGUCCUCCAGGCUUGAAGUAUAAAUCCCACAGGCAGGGGGCCCAGGGCCACAGGGGCCAGGCAGCCCAGCCCUCUUCAAAGGAACCCAGGGAAACUGAGCCAUCCACUUUCUAUGCCAGAUCACAGCAGCCCAUUCAGCCAGGAAGCAAGCUCUCUACUCUCUCGUUUGCAUCAGGAGUUAAGGGGGUGUAUGGGGCGCCACACCCAAGGAAGGAGACCGCAGGCGCCCAGGAAGUGGAUGAGGAUGAAAACACCCGCAUGGAGGAGCCUGUGGAUCAGAGGGCAGCAGAGUCGGUGGAAGAGGCCUUGUCCUUGCAACACCAGCCUGAGCCUGGAGCAGUAACCUCAGCCUCCGCCCAAGCGCCACCAUCUUAA